AUGCUUGGAGCACCUGAAGUACUUCAAAUGGGAAAAAAUAUGAUCAAAUUAAUUAAGGCUAAGCGUAUUUUGGAUAUUGGUACUUUUACUGGAGCAUCAGCACUAGCAUGGGCUUUUGCCUCAUCACCAGAUAGUGAAAUAUUAUCGAUGGAUAUAUCGCAUGGAAGUCUAAGGAUUACAAAAAAAAUUUUUGAAAAAAUUCCAGACAUUGCCAAAAAGAUCAAUUUUAAAUUGGGACAUGCCCUGGAAACAUUGGACACAUUGAUAGCUAAUGGUGAAUCUGGGAACUGGGAUUUCGCAUUUAUUGAUGCCGAUAAGGAGAAUUAUCCAAAUUAUUAUGAACGAUGUGUUCAGCUGCUGAGAUCAGGUGGAAUUAUACUCAUCGACAAUGCUUUAUGGAAUGGUAAAGUUGUUGGAGAGAAUAAAGACUAUGCUACUGAAUGCAUCGAUAAGGUUAACCAGCUGGCCUAUAAGGAUAAUCGCGUUGACAAUAUUCUGCUCACUCUUGGUGACGAUAAACAUUUGAUCAACUUCGAUGGAAUUGAACGAUAG